AUGAGCGCGGGCGUGAGGGAGCUGGGGAUGAAGGUGGACGGGCUGGCGGGGCAGGUCAUGUCAGUUGCUGACGUGGCGACGCGCGUCGACAUGCUGCACCUGGAGAUGCAGCAGCUGCGGCGCCUGCUGCAGGCAGUGGCCGACGGGCAGCAGGCGGCGGCUGCGGCCGCGCAGCAUCAGGCCGCGCUUGCGGCGCGGCGCGCCGGGGAUGGCAGCGGCGGCGGGGCGGCGGCGCAUGGCGGCGGCGGGCCGGGCAGCGGGCGCGGGAGUGGGGCUGGGCAGGCGCAGCACUCUUGGUCGUCGCAGCCGGGCUCGCCAUUGGCCGUGCUCCUGGGCGGCUCCCGAUUACCCGGCGACGGGGCCGGGGCCGGGGCCAGUAGCGGCGGCGGAGGCGCCGGCGUCGGCGGGGCGGGCGCCGAGGGGCCGCACUCGCCGCCGCGCUCGCGCCGCGUGACUCCGGAAAGCGAUGAUCGGCGCCGCGCGAGCGCGAGCGGCGGCGGGUGGAGGGCCGGGGCGGCGGCGGGGCUGGUGGGCGAGGGGCAUGGCCUCGGCGGCCAUGACGACGGGCUGGGGAAUGCUGUGGGGUGGGUGAUGCAGCCACCUGGUUGA